UAGCAGCAAUAGCAGCAUCACCGAGCAGAAAUCGUCCCGGUUAACGGCUGCAUCUACGAGCCAAGCGGCCGAAAGUAGAGCGAGGCUCCCGGCGGAGCGAGCAGAGGUUUAUUCGCAGCGGGGUGAAGCCUCUCCCGGCUUGGAUGCUGUCUCCUCAGCCCAUCUGACACACAGGAGGUGAGCUGGUCGGUGUGGCGGCCGCAGCGGGAGCAAACAGAGCCAGGCCUGGAGGAGGUGAGGAAUAAUGAUGGCGUCUGCAGGACCUCCCAGCACCUCCAGCUUCCUCCCUCUGUUGGAGACUCUGGAGGACGGUACGGCCGGGCAGUCGGAGCAGACGGACGCCUACCUGACCAUCGCCAAUCGACUCAGUGGGGAGGAAGGCCAGCAGUUUCUCUCAGCUGUAGAGAAGAACUUUACUCGUUUGGGUAAAGUCAUAUUGCUCCACACCAGCAGUCCGAACGCUGAGCUGAGCCAGGCUGCCUUGCAAGCUUUGGGGUUCUGCGUUUAUCACUCUCAGGUGGUUUCUGGAAUCUCUGAGACCUUUGCUGCACAGAUCCUGUCUGCGCUCUGCUCCCUGGUGACCAAGUCGAUGGAUAAGAACACCUGUACCAGAGCAUUAUGGGUAAUUUCCAAACAGAGCUUUCCUGCUGAUGUCGUCAGCAAAAACGUGCCGACUUUACUGGGUUCCUUGGAGAGAGUGUGGAGCAGAGAGGACCUCCAGUCUGCGGUGAUGGACCACGAAGCCCUGAACGUCAUCAUCAGGAUGAUAGAGCAGGUGCCGACCCAGAUGAGCGACGGGGCGGUGCGGUGGGCCAAGCUGGUCAUCCCGCUGGUGGUGCACUCUGCCUCUAAGGUGCGCCUGCGCGCCGCCGCGGCCUUGGAGAUGGGCAUGCCCCUGCUGCUGGCCAAGCAGGCGGAGGUGGCGGCCUACCUGGAGCCCAUCAUGUCGGCGAAACUGAUCCCAGAUCUGCAGAAGCUCUUCAUGUCCAAGAAUGAGACCAACGUCCUGAAGCUCUGGCCUUUGUUUGUGAAGCUUCUCGGGAAGCUGCUGCAUAAAGGAGGUCCUUUCAUCAACUCCCUGCUGCGUCUGGAGGAGCUUGGUUUCCGCAGCUCCUCUCCCACCAUCAAGAAGAUCGCCUUCAUCGCCUGGAAGAGCCUCAUCGAUAACUUUGCUCUCAACCCAGAUAUCCUGAGCAACUCCAAACGAAUGAAGCUGCUCAUGCAGCCGCUCAUCUCCAUCCAGGUGAGAACGGAGGCCCUGCUGCUCACCAAGGUGGAGGUCUGGUGGUAUCUGAUAGUGCAGCUGGGACCCAACCUGUCCCCCAACUUUGAGCAGGUCGCGGCGCCUCUGCUCCAGUCCACCAUCAGGUCCGAUUCGUCCGCCGUUCCAAACACUCCUUCUAGACCCGUCGCUCAAAACGGAGCCGUGGCGCCCAGCACCCCGAAAUCAGGCAACGUCUCCCUGAACGCUUCGGUCGGCACGCUAUCGAUGAGCCUGAACUCCAGCAUGCAGGCUUCCUCCUGCUUCUCCUCCAUUCAGCUGCUGGGCCUGGAGAUGCUGCUCCACUACUUCCUGGGACCGGAGGUCGUUGCUGCUGCAGCAAAGAACAAGAUUAUGUUAAAUCUAGAACCUCUGAAUCAUCCGCUCCUCUCUGGCGCUCCAUCCUUCAUGAAACACGCCGCCGUGCUCCUCUCCAACAUCAGAGACGGCUUCACCGCCGUUGGCAAAGAGGCUCCAGAGCCGCUGUUAGCCGUCAUUUGGACCAGUCUCGUCCGGUUCGUCAACUUGACUAUAGACUCAGCAGGCAGUAAGAAGGAUCGUCAGGGUUGCGAGGCGCUCACCCUGAUGCUGCAGACACUACAGAGCAUCGUAGCCUCCGAGGCGCUGCCUGCUGACCGAGUCCUGGUUCUGUUGAAGGCCACGCUGAAAGGUCUGCCUCAGAGGGUCCUGGGCUCGGCUUCCUACCAAGUGGGCAAGAUGGACGUGCUGAACGGGACCCCGGCGCUCUUCCUCAUCCUCCUCCUCUUCAACAGCGGCAGGCUGCCGGCCUACGUAGAGGACGAGAGGUUUUUCCACUGCCUGCAGUCGCUGGUCACCUGCGGCCUGACCGGACCCGCUUCUCCGCUGGCGUUCGCCGAGGCCGUGCUGAGCGCCAUGAGCAGCUGCGCAGCGUCUCUGCAGAACAAGGAGCAGCUGUGCAGGAUGUGGAGCUCGGUGGUCGGCCCUCUGACAGACACCAUCACACAGUCGAAUGAAGUGAACCAAGGAGACGCCCUGGAGCACAACUUCAGCGCCAUGUACGCGGCCCUGAUGUUCCCCGUCAGUCACCUCCUCCACGGCUCGCUGCUCCAGCAGGCGUCCCAGAAGGCCGUGCUGUCCUCCUGGUCCAAGCUGUACCGCGUGUUCGCCCGCUGCUCCGCUCUGGUGGCGACGGCCGAGGAGAACAUCUGCUGCGAGGAGCUCUGUGUGAAGAUGGCUGCGGCCGUGGACAGAGCGGCGCUGGCGGUCCCGUCGAUGCUGCAAGCCGUCUGCAGCAUCCUGCAGGUCAUGGUGGAGUGCGUGGACUUCUCUCCGUACACGCCCACCUUCCAGCAGAAGCUGAAAUCUCCUCACACUCUGCUGCACUGGGCGCGGAAACGGAGCAAAGCCCUGGGGAACCUGUCCACCUUCGUGUCCCUGCUGGCCCAGUGUCUGGAGGUUUACGCCGCGGCCCCGGAGGAUUCCUCAGAGGCCGCCGGCUCGGCCCUGGCCUCCGUCGUCUCCACUCUGUUCGCCAACCUCAUCCUCGCCAACUGCGUCACCGAGGCGCUGAGCGCCCUCGUUCGGCCGCUGACGCUCCUCUACGAACACGCGGCAGGAGAGAGCUGCAGGUUCUCCAGCCACCUCCAGGGAAAGCUGGAGAAGCUCCUCUCUGAAGUCCUGGGCUGCCUGCAGUCGCGCUCCCCCGUUGCCCAUGACGACGAGCUGCUGGCGCUGCUGUCCCCUCUGCUCUGCGUCGUCUUCCCACACAAGAACAAGCACCUGCGCGCGGCGGCCACGCAGUUCUGGAACGCCACCUUUGCCAACACGGCCAGCCUGGCGUAUCCUGAGGAGAUCAGACCCGUGCUGAGCCAGGUGAAGCAGAAAACUCCCAUCAUCCUUCCCGGCUUCCAGGCCGUCAGCGUUCCCGACGAGCUCAGUGAGAACGGCUCGAGUGAGAGCUCUCAGCUGGAGACCAAGCUCAGCGGGAUGCCCAUGUCUUCGGCCGGGAAGAGGGACUCCAUGCUCGCCAAGCCGGACGCCAAUGACAGGAGCUCCUCCAAGACGUCCAGACCCGUCUCGAUGAAGCUGGACUUUGGUUCUCCCAAACCUCCACGUAGGGAGGUUCUGGAAGAAGAAGCUUCCAUCGACUUCGUCUUCAUCCCUCCUGAGACGAAGGAAAGGGUUCUAACCGAGCACCAGAAGGAGGUGAAAAGAACCAAAAGGGUGGACAUUCCUGCCAUGUACAACAACCUGGACGCCUCCCUGGACACCAGCGUUUUCAGUCAGUACACGCAGAGCCAAGACGACUCUUCGGAUAAAGUUCCAGCUGGACAAGCUGACGGCGUUGUUACGGAGGCUCCCAGUGAGGCGCAAAAGAAACCAACCGACUCUGCCGAGAUUCAUUUGAAAGAAACUCAAGUCGUCGUCGGCCCUGAAGGUACUGAGACGAAGAGAGGAAGCCCGCCGGCGGAGAAGAGUGUCCCAGACUCUGCAGAUCUUCCUCUGCCGGGUUCUGAUAAAUGCAGCGAGGACAAAGACGUGGAGACAAAAGAAACCCCAAGUCCAAACACCUCCAAUUCCUCUGAUGUGGUCUCAGGGACUCCUCAGAAGCCCAGCAGCAGUCGGCGUCAGUCUUUCAUCACUUUGGAGAAGUACAGUGAGGGAAAGCCUGCCAGUCCCGGUGGAGUCUCCUCCUUUACUGGUCCUCCUGUUAAGAAGUCUAACAGCCAAGAUCAAGCUAGUGCUAAUAAGAGGCAAUCUCCUGAAGCCUCACAGAAAUCUGCUGAUCCAGACUCUGCUUUAUUAGAUUCUGGUCCCCGGUCGGAAAGCGAUUCUCCUCGGAGGCCCAUAGAGUCCCGGAUUAAAAGUGAGCCUGUAAGACUGAUUGAGAGACUUCAGAGUGACUCUGACGAGGAUGUCAUCCCGGACACGCAGACCAAAACGGAGGUCCAGGGAAGCGCUGGCUCCUCGGAGGAGAUGGAUUCCUUCAGUCAGGAUGAGGAGUCCCAAUCAAUGAUGGAUGAUUCCCAAACGUCUCCAGGCGAGCCGAGACGAUCCAGACGCCACAGAGUCAGACCUCUGCUCCCCGGAGAAGACCCCGAGGAACGCGAGGCGAAGUACACGCACGUCAAAAGGAAACGUUCAGGAGAAAGUCCCAAAAGUGACUCUUCCAAACCAAUGCCAGGCAGACCCAACACCAGGAGCAAACAGGUGGUAGAGGAGAACAGCACCAGAGACCGGCUGCGGUCCAAGUCUCAGGGCAGCGCCGGCGAAUCCACCCACAGGGACUCGCAGGGGAAACAUCGGAAGAAGGUCAGACUUUACAGCCAUUCGCAGGACCUCCUAGGGUCUCCUGAGCGUAAGCGGAGAAGCGUCGGUCAGCAGGAUUCCAGCCUGACCCUCAUCAAACCAGAAACCGGCUCCAGUCAUGGAAGCACAAAGCCCAGAAAGCACGACAUCUUCAGCAAGGAGUCUGAGGCUGGAAGGACCAAAGAAGAGUCCAGCCAAGCUGCUGCUGCUGAAGGUACGGCAGAUCUGAAGGAGAAAGACGAGGCUCAUCCAGAGACCGGAUCCCAAACGGUGGAAAAUUUACCUCAGAAGGAAGAGUCCAAGACAGUAGAGCCGGAAGAAACGACCAUACAAGAAGAGAGACUGAAGAAAGAGCAGGAAGCUCCGACGUCUUCUCCACAAACUGAAGAUAAACCACAAGAAAGGAUGGAUUCUAAAGAAGAGUCCAAAGAUGAAACCACAACAGCGAUGGAGAGCGAAAUGACGCAAGACGCCGUUAACGCCCCCGAAGCAGAGAUGGACAUCUUCAGCCAGGAGGACUCUCAGGUCACCCCUCCAUCCGCCGACGGUGCAAUUAAACGGAGAUCCAGACGGAGCAAAGCGUCCUCUGAGCCAGAAGACGAAGAUGGUGGCGUGAACUCUUCCGGACGGUCCACCCGUUCUAAGACAUCCACGCCUCUGGCGGUUCAGGCAGGAGCCGUAGGCAGGACCAGGAGGAGUAAAGUCCUGGAAUCUAGUCCCAGCUCGACCCCAGAAGGCUCCCAGUCGUUGGAAGCGUCUGGGUCAGGGUCGUCUCGAGGCAGGGGCAGAUAUCCAAGAGGGAGAUCCUCUCAGUUGCAGGCAGCCAGUGUGGAGUCGUCAGAGUCCGAGUGCUCCUUUACUCCAGAGGUCUCUGUUCGCAAGAAAAGGGGGAGGAAGCCCAAAGCCUCUCUGCAGAGUCCUCUGACGCUGGAUUCAAAGGAGCACGGAGCGGACAGCCAGCAAGCAGAUUCUCAACACUUUGGGACAAAGAAUAGCUUACAAGAAUCAUCAGAGACGCAAGAUCUAAAGGAAUCUGAGCUGGUGGCAGAAACCAACGAUGCUGAGGCAAAGAAGUUGGAUUCUGAGUCCGAGGAGGCUCCGCCUCCACCAGCUGAAGAGAAGACUGGAACUGAAGACACUCACAAGGGUAGCCAGUCGCUGAGCUCCACUGAGCAGAGAGAUUCAGAUGCAGGAAAGGAGUCUUUCCAAGAAGUAGGAGCGGCUGAAUCUGCUGAGCCAGGAAGUGCUGCCAUACAGGGGGAGGAGCCACAGGUGAUGGAGACCCCCGAGGAAAAAGCUGAAACAUCUGAGGAGGAACUGAAGGCGAAGCGUGUGGAAUCAGAUUCAGACCAGCAGCAACCGUCCUCUCCUCCAGGGGAGGAGUCUCAGGAGGGGGAGGAGCUUCAGCAAGAGAAGCUUCAGGGGGACAAACUUCAGAUGGAGGCGGGGCUUCAGCAGGAGAAUCGUCAGAUGGAGGCGGGGCUUCAGCAGGAGAAUCGUCAGGAGGAGGCGGGGCUUCAGCAGGACCAGGAGUCUCUAAAGAUCCCAGAAAAAGAACCGUCCGCUGAUGGUGUCCCAGAAGAGGACAAUAAAGACGUUCAAACGGAGACGACCACGGACAAACGCAGACAGGACCUGGAAGCUGAGCCGCCAGGCGGCGCUGCGGCGAUCUCCCAGGCGCCUCAUCAGGACUCUCCGCUCAAACAGAAGGACCUGGAGGCCGCAUCAGAACCAGAAGCGGGACAGAGCCCCAGAAAUGGCUGGAUGAGGGGAACAUGGUCGCCUUCAGCCUCCCCCUCCACCAGCAUCCUGAAGACGGGCCAGAAGAGGCCCCUGGAGGUGGAGAUGUCGUCUCCCGUCGUUAAGUUCCGCCGCGUGUCCUUCGCUAACCCCAUCCAACAGCAGGAGACGGCUGAUGAUAUCGAUCGCCGCAGCCCGGCUCUUAGAACCAGCUCUCCCAGAAGGUCAAAGGUCGGCAGCAUCCCUCAGCCGAAGCACAUCACCACUCCAACUAAAGGCGGUCUGGUCGGGAGUCCCAGAAGUCUGCACAGUCCGAGUUACAGGAGCUCCAAGAAGUGCCUGAUAUCAGAAAUGAGUCAGGAGCCUCGAGCCGUGCCCAGAGACUGCAUCUACCCCUCCCUGGUGGGCUGCUCGGCCCCCGUGGAGGCUGUGCUCACCCAGAUUUCGUCCACCAUGUGGUCCAGAGGGUUCGGGCAACUCAUUCGCGCCAGAAACGUCAAAUCGGUGGGUGACCUCUGCGCCCUGACGCCCUCCGAGAUCAAGACUCUCCCCAUCCGGUCUCCAAAGAUCUCCAACGUCAAGAAGGCCCUGAAGAUCUACGAGCAGCAGCGUAAAGGCAGAGGAGGAGACGAGCUGAAGAGUUUUGAUGAAACGGAGAGGAUGACGUCUGAGCCGGAGGAGACGGGCGGCGCUCCCACCCCGGACGAGGAGGAGAAGACCUCAGCAGAAACCCUGGCGUCGGAGCUGAUUGACGAGCCGGUUUCUGCCGAUGUGAACAGCUCUGUGUCAGAGGAGCGGCGUGAUGGAGAGGAGCGACCCGGGGAGGGAGAGCAGCGACCCGAGGACGCGCCGCCAGCGGCGGUGGAGGCUCUGGCCCGCAGGAUGACGGCGCCGGAACUGAGCCUUUGCUCCCCGCAGCAGCUGGUGGAGAUGCACGAGCAGCUGGGAGGCAUGAUGAGGGCGGUGGUGGUGGAGCUGCAGACACGUCUGUGUGGCGCCGGCGACAAACACUGAGCAGCACCGCGGGACGCCGCACCAACACAGACUGAGGAAAUUGCAAUAGACAAAUGAAGUUUUUCCUUCUGGAUCUUAAUGGGAUUUUAAGAUUUCCUGGAUUGUUUUUAAUCAGUUCGUUUCCUGGUAGACGGUAGAAUUUCCAAAGACUUUAAACUUACUGCCUACAUCUGUCUCUGCAUGAGCUUUAGCUUCUGCUAAAGAAUUCUGUCAUGAAGCGAUGGAGGACGUUUACAGCC